AUGAACCCUCAAUUUAACUCAUACUCAUCUAAAUCAUCAAUUAAACCUGGUCAGCAAUCGUCCCUCUCGUCAGCUAAGGUGCUAGGAUCUCAUGGAAUAGCUACGGCUCAUCAACAACACACAGAAAACCGAGGGUCAGCUAAUGGGAAUGAUAAAUUACAUCCUAGUGGAAAGUCAUCGUAUUUUGAUUCUAGGCGUCAGUCGAGCUCACAUUUCCCAAACGGGAAUGUCGACUUAGUUAUAAGUGGAUCCAUUUCUCCCAGCGGGGCAGCAAACGAGGCUCAAAGUCAAACUCGGCACGCUGACGAUCAUCGCAGUCCUGCAAACAUAAGUUUGCCCUCUCAACGCGCCACAUCUUUUCCCGGGGACCACCCCUCUCUUGGUCCAAGAAGCAAUCCCGAAUCAGGAACAUCAAAUCAACCACAGUAUCACAGUAUGGCGCAGCAGAUUCCUGGGUCACUUCAACCAGGACGACCGGGACUGACGUCUCUAAACUCGACUAGUUCUGGGACUACCAAUACCCAAACAGUAUCUCUAGAUCACUUUUCAACUCCUGCAAGACCAUCAGGCUCAGGCCUCACUCAUACAUAUACACGUUCAAGUCCAGCUGGGUUUGAAAGCCACAUGUACACACCAUUUACACCCAAGACACCUCAAAAUAAUGAACAAUUCAGCUCUCCUACGAAUCAGAAUUAUACCCCCCAAAAUUCUCAACGAGUUGUAUCCAAUACCCCACUCGGCCUUGCAGAUAUCAGGCCUCGUGCAGACUCAGGAGUAUCUGAGGGCCUGUCUGGAGGUAACUAUUUUUCAAAUGACGUUGUCGAUCCAGGGCCAAAAACUAGCAACUACCAAGCACCAUGGGCUUUAUAUGCAUUCGACUGGUGUAAGUGGCAGGUACAAGGCGAUGAUGCAGGCAAAGUAGCCGUGGGUAGUUAUCUUGAAGAUAGUCAAAAUUUUAUUCAAAUUCUUGACUCACACAUUACUCCCACACCGCCUGAAUUAUACAAGCCUGGUGCAUCAAAGUAUACUCUCGACUUUGUCAAGGUCGCAGAAGCAACACAUUCUUAUCCCGUGACGCGCCUCCUUUGGGAGCCACCAUCAUCCCAAAAACAAUCAACCGAUUUGCUUGCAACUUCUGGUGAUCAUCUUCGACUCUGGUCUCUUCCAUCCGAAAAUCCCCCCAAACCGCAGGGAAAUUUGAUUUCAAGGUCCACAAACCACAGUCGAGAUGCUGCUGUCGGAAAAAUCACUCCUCUAGCUCUAUUGUCUAAUUCGAAAACUCCAGAUCAUACUGCCCCUUUAACAUCUUUAGAUUGGAAUACCAUCUCACCUAGUCUUAUCAUAACAUCAAGUAUAGAUACAACAUGUACGAUUUGGGACAUACCAACGCUAACCGCGAAGACACAGCUCAUAGCUCAUGAUAAGGAAGUGUUUGACGUUAGGUUCUGUGCUAACAGUAUUGACGUAUUUGUGAGCUGUGGCGCGGAUGGUAGUGUGCGAAUGUUUGAUCUUCGAAGCUUGGAACACAGCACAAUAAUCUAUGAGCCCAGCUCCAAGGACGAGAAAGAUAGCAGCGCCAAUGGUGGUAGAAUCAGCCCAACAUUGGCCCAGCAAACCAUGUCAUAUGCACCGCCCUUACUGAGGCUUGCCACUUCUCCACAUGAUACACAUUUGCUAGCGACAUUCUCUCAGGACUCUAAGAUUAUCAGGAUCCUCGAUGUACGGCAACCAGGCCAAGCACUACUUGAGCUGAAAGGUCAUGCAGCAGCUAUCAAUUGUAUAGAAUGGUCGCCAUCUCGAAGAGGUACUCUGGCUUCAGGCGCCGAUGAUUCGCUUGUGUUGAUUUGGGAUCUCCUUAAUCAGAAUAUUGCACUUCCACGAAUGGGACAAACAGCUAAUGGUCAUGAUUUGUCCGAUAAUUCGCGUGGACCCUCUGCAGGCUGGCAGUGUGAAUAUGAAGUGGCCAAUGUUAGUUGGGCGCCUCAUAGCUCUCUAGAUAACGACGGUGGUGAUUGGCUUGGGGUCAGCGGCGGGAGAGGUAUCUGGGGCGUUCGGUUAUAA